AGAUGGCGCUGGACCGUGGCCGGAAUGCCGCUGCUGCAGCCAGCUAAAAAAUUAAAAAAACGGUUAGGGGAUUUAAUUAAUCUUCUGUCCGGCGACGACGCUUAAAUUCUCAAGACGGAAGUUGUUUUUUUAAGACGUCAGACAUCAACAUGUUCCUGCCGGUGAGUCUCAGGUGAUGUUGAAGGAUAAAAUGGUAGCCCCUUCUUCCAAGAACAACAAAACCUGCUGCUGCGGGGCCGGGCCGACAGGGCAGGGCUACUCGCUGCGGGAUCUCACGCCCGGGGUCGAGGCUCCCUAGACGGACUGAGUGCUCAUGGAAACCACGAAGGAUAACGGAGGGUCGCUCGUCGUCGACGUGAACGAGAACGAAGAAGGCGGAGAAACGGGCGACGGGGGACUCAAAGACCGCAACACGGCGCUGCCAACCGGUGUCAGAGGGGGUCGGGAAGCGGGGAAGGGUCACGUUUACGUGACCGGUAACGAGAGGUAUGUAAACAGGGACGCCUCGGCGCAGUCGCCCACGCGCGAGAGGGAGAUCGUGUUGGAUUUAGAGGAGUGCCUCCCCGGCCAGGUGGCAGGCAGCUGUGUGGUUUCGGGGGUUUGCGGCGACCUGAACGGAUUCACCGAGUCAUUCGGCCUGGAGGAGCUGACGAUGGUCGGAGGAGGAGGUGGAGGAAGGCUCGGCCUCGCGGGGACCACAGGCGCUUCCUGUCCAGCUGUGCUCGGGGCUCGGGUUUCAGUGGACGCGGGCCGAGAGAUGCGGCAACCGCCUGUGGGAGAGAGCGAAGGGGAAACCCCGGAUUCCGACGACGUCACCCCGGGAGAAGAGGCGACCGGCGGCGGCUGCAUCAGGACUUUCCUCCCCCUCGAUCUACUGCCAUGCGCGGGGAAGCACCAGCGGAACUGCGCUUGCGCCGCCGCGGCCCCACCACAGCGUCCAGAUGUAAAGAUGCCCAACGGGGAUGUCGACGGUCCCGAUACGGACGUGGCGUACUGUAAACGGACCGGGGCGGUGCCUCCCGGCCCGCUGGUUCUGGCCCAGAGACUCUGUUCAUGCGACGUGGACUGCGGGGAAGCGAAAGUUGUAAACGGUGGUUUGCACUUUGUGACCACCGCCAGGGUGACAUGUGACUGGUCCGACUCGGACGACAACGCCGACAUGCCCUUCGACCUCGGGGCAAGGCCGGAAAACGGGGCCGGGUCGGGGUUUUGUCUCAGAAGCCAAAGCGACCACAGCGGGACGUCGGUCACUCUGUGCCCGGGGGAGAACGCUUCAGAGCUCCCUCACUUCCUCCACCCGGCCACGGACUCCCCCACCCUGGGAUCAAGUGCCAAAACCCCCUCGCCCUGCCCGUCAACCCUCUCUGAACCCACCACCGGGGAGGACGAGGGGGGGUUCAGCGAGCCCACUUUGCCCGUCAGGCCGCAGACAUUGAGGACUAACUCCAACGUUGUGUUGUCCCUCAGUCUUGACGCCACCCCGUUGUCCCCCGACGACGAGGAGGGGUUUUACUUUGGAGAUGAGGGGUACGAGGAGGACUUCAGGAGCGUUUUGGAAGCGGGUCGCAGGCAGAGCGCCCCGGAUCAGGUCCCCGAUUUCAGCAAGCCAGAGGACGGCUCGGACCCCCAGCUGAUGCCGAAGAGGUUCGGCAUAGCUGAUUUCUUCACCAGGAGCCUGUUUUCUAGGAAAUCCAAAGAGCCCAAGGCAUUGUCCCAUAAUGCAACAGGGUGGCGACUGUUCGGCAAGACGGCACUAAGGGAGGAGCCAACUCCAGACCCCGACUCCACCUUGUCCACACAGCAGUGUCCACAGGAAGAGGAGGAGGAGGACGACUUGGAUGAGUCCUCGGGUCCUCAGCUUCCCUCGGCUGCAGGGAGAAGGAAGAACCUGGAGUUUGAGCCUCUUUCCACCACCGCGCUCAUCCUGGAGGACCGUCCAGCGAACCUGCCAGCCAAAUCCCUGGAGGAAACUCAGAGGCACAAAAUGGAGUACGACGAGAUGGUCGCAGGAGCCAAGCGGAGAGAGAUGAAGGAAGCCCAGAGGAAGAAGCGUCAGAUGAAGGAGAGGCACAGACAGGAGGACAUCAUCUCAAACGCCAUGGUUGUCUGGAACAACGAGAUCCUGCCGCACUGGGACAACGUGAAGGGAACGAGGCGGGUGAGGGAGCUCUGGUGGCAGGGACUUCCUCCAAGUGUCAGAGGACGAGUGUGGAGCCUCGCCAUUGGCAACGAGCUCAACAUUACACCAGAGCUGUAUGAGAUCUUCCUCUCCAGAGCCAAAGAGAAGUGGAGGAGUUACAGUGAAACCAGUUCAGUCAACGACAGUGAGAGCGACGGAGGGGCAUCUCUGGCGGACCGAGAGUCCAGUCUGGAUCUCAUCAAACUAGACAUUUCCAGAACCUUCCCCUCUCUCUUCAUCUUCCAGAAGGGUGGUCCCUACCAUGACCUCCUCCACAGUGUCCUGGGGGCUUACACCUGUUACAGACCUGACAUUGGCUACGUCCAGGGAAUGUCAUUUAUCGCUGCCGUGCUGAUCCUCAACCUGGAGGAGGCGGAAGCCUUCAUCACCUUCGCCAACCUGCUCAAUAAACCCUGUCAGAUGGCUUUCUUCAGAGUCGACCACGAACUGAUGUUGAAGUAUUUUGCAGCCUUUGAGGUUUUCUUUGAGGAGAAUCUGCCUCGUCUCUUCAGCCACUUCCAAACCAACAACCUGACCCCUGACCUCUAUCUGAUCGACUGGAUCUUCACUCUGUACAGUAAGUCCCUCCCUCUGGACGUGGCGUGCCGGGUUUGGGACGUCUUCUGUCGGGACGGGGAGGAGAGCUUGUUUCGGACGGGGCUCGGUAUCCUGCGUCUGUUCGAGGAAGUCCUGCUCCAGAUGGACUUCAUCCACAUCGCCCAGUUCCUGACCCGCCUGCCCGAGGACCUGCAGGCGCACACACUCUUCACCGCCAUGGCCAACACACACAUGAUCAGCAGGAGCCGGCGCUGGGCUCAGGUGUUUUCUGCACUGAUGAAGGAUGUAAAUAAAGAGAUGGACAAAAACUCCAGCCCGGCUCUGAGAAGCUAACACUAGCCACCCUCAACGCUAACGCCGUCUUUCUCCAAACUAAUCGGCAAACGCAAGCUGUGAAGGUUGAAGCUCCCCACGCCUCCACUGUGAAGCUUGAAGCUACGUAGCCUGAAGCUGAACUUCCCCUCCAGAGGCGUCGCUACGAAGCUUGAAGUGAACGCGGUGCCGGCCGUGAAGGUGGGAGCCGAGGUCACUAAUUUAGUGCCAGAGACGAGCCGUCGGCCUGCGCACCAGAAGGAAGAAGCGGAAGGCCGCGGUGGUUGGUUCAGUCUAAACUUCAGCUGCCAGUGUCAGUAUUUUUUUGCCAGACAGAUUUCGGAGAAGCGGCUGCUGCUGCUGCUGUUGUUGUUGUUGUUGUUGUUGUAGCAGCAGUGUCACUGAUCUACACAGCCUACAGAAGCGGAACAAUUAAAACUAAGACUUUCAGAUGAUAUUCUGUGUUAUUUCCCCUGCCGUCUGGAAGGGAGAAGUUCUGCCUCCAUGUUGGGUCACAAACACCACUAACGGCGAGCAUUGCACCCCGUGUGUAAUUCUCUUCCCCCCCCCCCCCCAAACAUUUUUUUUUUGCGCUGCUAACGGUUUUCUAAAGGCUUCAAAAAUGACUUCUGUGUUUUGAUUAUUAUUGUAGCUUUUGGUUUCACACUAUUAUUGAUUUGCAUUUAUUUGCUUGAACUCUGGAUCUUAAACAGUGAUGGGAAUCUGCAGUAGCAUGGCUGAUGCUGAUAUGCUCGUCCCCCCCCCCCCCCCCAUUUAUUAUCCUAGCUUUUGUAGGCAGAACGUGAAUAUGGGAAGAAAACGCAGGACAAAAAAAAAAACAAUGUAGUCUUUUCUGAUAUUUAUUAAGAAAUCAAAUAAUACACAUUAGUCAUUUUAAUCAAGUACAAGUGGACUAAAUAUUUUGAUGGUUUUUACCGGAAAAGUAUUUUCGACAUUUGUUCAAUAUUUUAAACUGUCAUCCUUAAUAUCAAAAGGAAAAUAAGCAUAUCGGCAUAUCCUAUUUAUUGACAUGAAUUCAUGAAAUGUGGACCUUUUGGAGCUAAAAAAAAAAAAAAGACAAGUGUCGGCUUUUGACGAUGUAGUUUGGGCCAACAUUGUCCAUAAGAACCAUAAAUGUAGGCGCGCGGGGGGCCAUUGCAGUUUUAAAAUCAGCGUUUCACUUUAAACACGCAGCACUGAACGUCACCGCGGCAACCAAACCAGAGACGACCGAGAUUGCAAAACACGCAGAGACCAGAGCAACAACACGGGCUCGGCUUCAGGCUCCUACUAGUUUCAGCUUGAGAAUGACGCUUUUUAGACAGAUUGAAAGUUAAUAUCAACAAACACACACACCUGCACGUUCCAGCGUCUUCACAUAACGAGGACGUGAGACGCUUUUGUAUUUUUUACAUGAUCUGCGUGGGAGAUACUUUUUUUAAAAUGUUUAACAUUCUCUUCCUCCGGAGCUUCACGGUAACACUUUCCUCCGUUGUCAAGACAACCUCACCGGCCCAGUUCACAGACUGCAGACCCGUCAAGUUGAAUGAUUAGCCCGUUCAUCAAUUAAUUUGAUCGACAGCUGCUUUGAUUAUUCAUGAAGAGUGGCGUUCUCUGAAUCCAGCUUCUUAAAUGUGUCAUUAUUCCGUUUUUUUAAUUCUUUUGUAUGAUAUGAUUGUAAAUCGAAUUUUGGACCAUUAGACAAAAGAAGACAUCUCCGGGACAUUGCUUUUGAUGUAUUAGAAAUCAAUUACAGCUGCAACUAACAAGUGUUGGUUUAUCAAUUAUCCUGCUGAUUAGUAAUCAUUUUCUUUAAAUAAUCAAAAGAGGAAAAAAAAAAAAAAAAAAGAAGUAUAAAGGAAUAUCUUCAAAUUGCAUAUUUGUUCGACCAAACCACCUGAAAAAAAAUGCUCUAAAAAUAACAAAGAUGGAGUUGUCUUCCCGGGCUGAGGGAUUCCAUUUAUUUCCUCUGGAUUAUAAUCUCAUAGAGACGGGUCUCUCUGGCCUUUUGAAGUGCUUUACGUCACCGCCGUGUCCGCUUAGUCCCUUUUUGCUUUACACACACACACACCCACACACUCUACUGAUGACGAAUACUUUCCACUUACCAGCAAAUGAGCCGGCCUUAAAGAUGUUUUCUCCACGUCGACUGCAGCUUUUAUUGGUUGUUAAAGCAGAAGACUCACUGGAGACCACGAGCAACCCUGGAGGAGGAAGAGGAAGAGGAGGACGAAGGGAGAGGAGACGAGAGGUUCGGCAGUAAAACUCAGCCAUUCUCUUUUUCCAUUGAAAAUAAAUGUUAAGUUAUUGUUGCUACUUUGUCUUUCUGUUCAUGAUAACUUCCCGGUUCUUCCUCCUCCUCAUAUUUCAAUCAAACAACAAAAAGGUAGCAAUUGCUUUCACACAUAACCCGAUUGCAAAGUAUCACAUGUUUUGAGAAGACCAAAACAAGAAAGUUAAAUUUUUUUAUUUUUUUUUAAUUAAAAGCAAAGAGUCUCUCAGCCGACCUCUCCCUGACCUCCAGGUUGCAUCGUGUCCGGUGGGUUUUCUGCAUCCUACCAGUGUUGCACAAAAAUGACUCCACAGCUAAGGGUUUGUUGUUGUUGUUGUUGUUGUACACCAACCAAUCAGAAGCCAGUAUUCAUGUGUCCCAGCUGGUGAUGGUGUUUCCAUUGUUUGUGUUGAUGUGUGUAUGAACUGCCAAACGCUGUGUUCAUUGAAUGGUGUAGUCUAGAUUCAGUGGAGGGGAUUUCCAUUUCCAUUUUAACUUUUUCUUUAAUGUGAAAAACUCUCUUCACGCUCCAUCAGGAAACUACAGAAACUUCAGCACAUUCUCAUUUACUUUACACUAAGACGCAGCGUAUAACCUCUCAUCUCUGUUGUGUGUGUUUUAUUUAAUUAUAAUUUGACCAACGUGUUAAAUCAAGCUCUUGACAUUAUUAGAUGUAGUACUUGAGAAUUGAGACCUACAAUAUGAAUUACCUUUUUCACAGAGUCGGUAAUAGAGGUGUUGGAAGCUGCCUGACUUCAUACAGUUAAAACAUGCGUAAUAAAUGCGUAAUAAACGCAUGCAUGGCCAAAAAGUUAAAAAGACGAAACGCGGAAGUUCUCAGUUAGUUCAACUCGCAACUUUCCAAGAAAACUCUUAAAACGCCUCCGAUGAAUCAGAGAAGGCAAUAUACAAUAAUAAGCACUUUGUGAACGUGAGUUUUUAAACAAAACACUUAAUUGCACCGAGAGCAAUUAAGGUCAAUUAGGAACUCUCAGUAAAAUGCUGGUUUAAAGGUAAUAAAUUCCCAUUAAUUAACAGGUUUCUAUUAAUCCACCUUAAAACCUCAUCUAACAAGACCAAUGUGCUUCAUUCUUGUACGAAAACAUAUAUUUCCAACAUAUAUGUUAUCUUUUGAUCUUUUAUCAUUGCGUGCCAACGGCCUUGUUUAUCAUACAGCUCGAUGUCUCAUGGAUCCUGAGAUGGUUUUCAAAUGAAAAAAAUAUAUAUUUCUUAACCCUUUAAAAUUGAACUUAAAAAUGGCCAAAAUUGGAGUCGCGUGGUUCUUAGACAAUAGUGAUAUUAAUUCACCACGCAAGAAUCUUCAACCUGUAUCAUAAAAACAUUAUUAAUCCUAAUAAAUGAUGUUGAAUUUGGUUUUGGCCAAACAUCAUGUUUAAAAUCCCAAAAAUGAAAACAUGAAGGUCAUUCAGGUGAAACACAAAUUUCUCUGUUGAUAGCAACACGAUUAAUUUAUUUUAAUGUUCUUUUUUUGAUUGAUCCCGUCAAUCUUUAAGGUUUUGUUCCAGUACUGAUAUGUAAUUAAUAUGUACUAAAUAUGUUUUCGGGACCGUUUCUCAGUAUCCAUGCUCACUUAUGAUCAUUCUGAAAUAAAUUAAUGCUGCUGUCGGCAUUUUCAUUGUGUUGAGAACUAGACGCACACACGUGUUGAUGUGUGUGUGUGUGUGUGUGUGUGUGUGUGUGCUCAUCUUCACUUUAGACUCCUCAAAAAGUGCAAUAUGUCUUGUUUUUCGGCAGGAGAUGACAUUAAAAAUCCAUAUACCCAAAAUCCUCAGUUGUUCUCCUCUCACCUCACUCCAGAUUAUUGAUGAAAUAUUCAAACAGCUGCAAAAGGAAGAUAAGAUUAAUUCGAUAUUUCCCCUCCUAUGUUCUAUGUACUCAUUUUAUUUAAGUUUCAUCGUCACUCUUAGUUUUUUUUCUUUUUCUGUCAUGUAGAUUCAUUCAGCUUUUUAUGUUUGUUUCAUAUGCGUUUUUAUUUGCUAUGUCAGUGUAAAGUUGUUUUCAUAAUGCCUUACAGGUGAUGUAAAUAAUCUGUAAAAAAAGUGUUCUUUCUUUUCAUAUAAUGGCCACUAGUUGAAUGUGUAAAUAAAUAUCUCAGCAAACUGA